AUGCGGCGCCAUAAGCGGCGUAGGGGUGGGGGCGCGUCCAUGUCCGACUCAGACGUUGAGGCCGGCCCUACUCCUUUGCCUGCUUCUGUGCCUUUAAAACCUUCAUCGCCGGUAGCCAACAAUUCCAGUGACAGUAGCAUAAACUGCAUUCCUGAGACUCCUAACCCUUCAUCUUUAUUGAGUUGCCCACCAGCGCCAGGUGCCGAGCAGCCUACAUCUAAUAAAAAAUCUGGUUACACUAAGAAAAGUAAUUUUGAAGGUUUUGCAUGUGAUCAACUCUCUUUGACUUCUGACAUGUCGGAAGACGAAAUCCCACCAACCCCUACCCCGNAGUAUCGAGAGAUAGGAGUGGUGAAUAAAAGUUCGAAACUCCUUGACUCAACAGUGAACAACUUCCCAAGGAUGCCGUCAUGCCGAUCUGUCGCCGAAAACGGUCUAAGUAAAGGAGGCAGUGCGUCAAUGUCUGAUUCAGACGGGGACGCCGGUUCUUCUGCUCUAUCGGCUUCUGCGUCUGCGACAUCAGCGGUGCGGCCGGUGCCGAGAACUCCUCACAAGCAGCCAAGACGAUCUCAGGCUGAUCCAAACAGUCCAUCAUUGCCAGUUGCUGACAUGACAUAUCUCUGA